GUCGGUCGACAGCAAGUGAGGCCAAUUACUGCACACAAGCAAGGGGGCUCGCCAACAGCUCGACUGGUGAUGACUUUCAGCUGGUGCACAAAGUAGAGUUCCUGGAUUCUUCAUCAAGUAGCAAAAUCGCACCUAUGGAGAACGUCGUAGUAGUAUGUCUGGUUCUCAUUCUUGCCGCUGGGGUCAGGUCAAAAGAGUGUGGAGUGAAGAGGCUAAAAUCUGAUCCAGGAGCCGAACGACCGUGGUUGGGCUCAAUUGUACAAUAUGGCUCCGGAAAAAACCCCGACUUCCUCUGUAUGGGAACACUUAUCAGCAACCAGCACAUCUUGACUGCGGCACACUGCUUUGAUGGAAAGCCACUGAGUCCUAGGCGAUAUUCAGUUCAACUCGAAUCUGAGUCGUCCGAUUCUGGCACAGAAUACAACAUUCACUUCAUCACCCGCCAUCCGUCGUAUGUACGUGGGCAGACAUAUAAUGACCUCGCCAUCCUCACACUGCGAACGGAAGUGCCAGACGUCACUGUCCCAGUCUGCCUUCCAGACCCCGCGGAGUCUCUGGACAACAUGCGGGCUUAUGUCGGCGAGUGGCUUCCGAAGACACCAGGUGGCAAGGAUCCUUACGCACUCAGCUCCCAAUUAGCUCUUAUUUCGACCAAUGAGGAGUGCAAUAAAUAUUACGGUGAGAUUCAGCUAAGCGAAUUAAGCCGUGGACUGCAGGGCAGUCAGGUGUGCACCGAUAGUCGCAGAGGUCAUGGAGACUGCAAUAGGUUAACCGCGUCGCCAUUGAUGGUCACGGAUCGCAAACAGCGUUGGCACGUAGUAGCGGUCGCGUCAUAUCGACACAACUGCGACGUUGACGACACUCACCCUGGUAUCUACACUCGUGUCGGCGACCACCUGUCCUGGAUCCAAGGGGUUAUGCGCAGCUAAACCUGUUCAUCGGUCGUAAUACUACGAUAUUUCUUUGCACAAUGAUUUCCCUGCUAUGCAAACGCUUCCAUUUCCAUCACAAAGAUAUUUGUAUUCCGUAACUUGCACCCCGUAUUAUUCGUGUAAAUAAAUGAUGUUUAAUAUU